GGGGGGGCGUUUGGGGGAGAAAAGCAGUGUGUCGUCCCCGAGUCCAGCCCCCAGAGAAGAAGAAGAAGCAGCCGCCGCCGCCGCCGCCGCCGCCGCCCUGUUCUGCGGGGGGGGGGGGGGGCUGCUCCGGCGGGGCCUUUUUGUCAGGAGCGGAGGGAGGUGCCCAUCCCACGGAGGCGGGGCUUGGCCUCCACCUGAAGCCAAUGACGGGAGCCCCUCCCACCCUCUCCGUCGCCUCCGGGGUGACGAGGCCCGAGAGAGCGCCCCGAUUGGGCCCUUCCUCCUCCUGCCGCUUGAUUGGCCGGCGGGGCCGUAAAGGCGGAAGCGUCCAGGGGGCCCCGUGAGCGAAGUGGCCGGCAGGGAGAAGGUAGAGGGGUCCUUCUGCAGGGUCGUUGUCGGCUGCUGCUGCUGCUGCUGCUGCUGCUGCUGCUGCUGCUGCUGCUGCUGGAGGAGGAGGAGGACCGUAGAAAGGCUCGCUGCUGCUGCUCCUCUCUGGGAGACCCCUGAGCCCGCCUGAGCAGGAGGAAAUGUGAGAAGAUAGCCCAAAUGAGGAAAAUGAGACUUUAGAGAAUUCAGGCGACCCAUUCCUAGUCACUAAUGGAGAACAAGGUUGCAGGCUCACUCCUUCGUCUUAGACACCACUUGGGAAGCUACCGCAGUGCUCGGAUCAAGGAGACGAGGUUGGCCUGGAAGGCAAAUUCCCCGAUACCACUUGUUCCUUAAGGAAGCUGCUUCAACACUACCCCGAAGAGACAAGUUGAGGUUGUAGGCAAGUGUACUAUUUCAGAUGCCGUUCCUCCCUUCAGGAAGCUGCUACAUCAUGGAGGCAAGGUAGCCCUCAAAGGCAGACUGUAUGUUCUCAAAUACCAUUCCUCCCUUUGGGAAGGUGCUAUAAUGCUGCCAUCAAGGGGACAAGGUAGCCCUCAAAGGCAGAAUCUUCUGUCUCCUCUGUCUCGCACUUACAAUAUAUCUUGGGCAAUGUGAUUAUUGAAUAGAGAGGCCGACUAUUUACACUGUGCCCAAUGGCUGAAAACAGAAACGUAUACACAGAGAAGAAGGGUGCAGGUGCUCUAUUAAUGUGCAAUAAGAACACGUCGCCUGAGCGCUUGCUGAAUGAAAGGACUCAAAGGAACUCUCCACGUUGUGGAGUGAGUUGCAAUCCGGACAGCUUUGGGCAAGGCACGGCAACCGGAGUGACGCCCUGACGGACCAAGAAGGAGUGGGCCUGGUGGAAGGAGUGGCAGGAGUUCCGCCCUACAGCAAGAUGGCGGCGGGCAGCGUUGGUUCAGGGCGGCGGCGGCGCGGGGCGCUGCGGCUGCUAAUGCGGGUGGGAUCGGUGCUGCUCACGCGUUUCCCGUUCUGGCACUGCUUCAGUGGCCUCCUCCUCAAUGCCGAGCGCGCCGAGCACCGUAGGAAGCCAGACAUCCCGGUCCCGUAUCUCUACUUCGAUAUGGGAGCCGCUGUUCUGUGUGCCAGCUUCAUGUCCUUUGGGGUGAAACGCCGGUGGUUUGCUCUGGGGGCCGCCCUACAGCUGGCUGUCAGUACGUACGCAGCGUAUCUUGGGACCUCUGCACAUUACGGAGAUUGGCUGAAGGUUAGGAUGUAUUCACGGACGAUAGCCAUUAUCGGCGGCUUCUUGGUCUUAGCAAGCGGAGCCGGAGAGAUCUACCGCCAGAAACCCCGGAACAGGUCGCUGCAGUCUACUGGGCAGGUUUUCAUUGGCAUCUACCUCAUUUGCGUGGCCUACUCGCUUCAGCACAGCAAAGAAGACCGCCUGGCCUAUCUCAGCAGCCUCCCUGGUGGGGAAAUCGCCUUGCAGCUUCUGUUCGUUCUCUACGGCAUCCUGGCGCUCUCCUUCCUCUCUGGUUACUACAUCACUCUGGCCGCCCAGAUUCUGUCGGUCAUCCUCCCGCUGCUGAUCCUCUUCAUCGACGGCAACUUGGGAUAUUGGCACGACUCCCGCCGAGUCGAGUUUUGGAACCAGAUGAAGCUGAUCGGGCAGAACGUCGGCAUUUUCGGGGCCUCCGUAAUCUUGGCCACUGACGGCUGAGAUCAGGCCCGAUGGGAGACUGGCGAUUACUGUGGUGGUUUGAGAGUGAGGAUGGGGUUGCAGAGAAGAAAAAAGAAAAGAAAUCAGGAUGUUUUUUUAAAAAAUCUAUUUAUUAUUUUUUAGGUUUGUUUUUAAUGCCUUUUGCAAAUAAUUUGUUCCUCACCCUUGGCAGCUAAGUGAAGAAAAUGGGUUUUCUUCAAAAUCCAGGUUUUUUCCCCCCUGAUAAUCCUUUUUUGCUAUCAAGGACAAUCCUGUGGUCACCAUCUUCUAAUAGCUCAGAAGAAGAGAGUUUGCGAGCAAAUGGUUAAACCCAUAAACACUUUUAGGUUUCAGGUAAUGUUUACUUCCAGUUGUGGGUUGUCUGGGAAGAAGAGAUUUAGCAGAAUUUGACUCUUGUUUGCUGCCAAUUCAGGGGUGGAAAGUCUUAAGAAACCUGGGCCUUUUGAGAACUUCCCAAGAUUGAAACCACAGAAUCAUUGACUAAAGCUCUUGCCAGGCGAUAUUAUAUUUUCCUAGACGGCGUGACGUAGAAACAAAUAGCAGGGUUGAAUUGGCUUCCUCUGGAGUAGCUCCGGCAGUUUAUUGCAAAAAGCUUCUGCCCUUCGUUCUUACACGACGUGUUGUAUGUUGACGGGUUGGAACCGAUCUCCGAUUGCAUGGAUCGACUUGCUGUUCCAUGUAGUGGGGUGGAAAAGGGACAGCUUUCUAAAUGCAGUGUUAUGAAGAUGGCAUUUCUACUGGAUUGAGAAAAGAUCUGUGGGAAAGAGAAGUCCAGAGCUGUCGCUGUGAAGCUGAGAGAGCCCGUUGCCUUUCACCUUGGAGGUGCCAGAUCGUUGGAGUACCCUGGAUAGUAGACACACUUGGAACAAGUAGCUCCUGGUGGCUCAGAUCUUCCUGCUGUGAUCUCGUCCUCAGGGACCGUGUGUACCAAUUAACAUUUUCUUAUAUUCAUGACUUGCAAUACAGGGAUCAGGUGAAACUUCCAGAAAUACAUACAAAUAUCCAGCUACGUAUAUCGGGACGCGAGACCUGCAUGUGCUCCCAAGACGGAGGCUGGAAGGAAUUUCAGUGCGCUUCUCAGGAAUGAUUCCUGAAAACUCCCAGCCACGCCAUCCGUGACAAAAACCCCCAAACACUCCCAUGAAUGCCCUAGGCAGCUGGACUGGUCCUUAGAAGGCGCUUUCCCCGAAUCAAGGCCAUUCAACUCAAAUCACACCCCUCCUAGUCUGCCUUUCCCUUGUCAGUGAGUAAUAACUGACUAUGGCGUCUUCCUUCACGUUUCCAAAUCAGUUUCUGAUUUGGGAGAAUUAAAAAGAAAUUUAAAAGCGU